GGAAGGAAACACAAACGAAACAGACACUUCAAGCUGCAUUUAAGACGCCUUAAGACGCCCCUUUUCACUCUCGACAUGUGGAAGGCAGCUCUCUUGACCCUUUGCUUGUUGGUGAACCUGGUGGAGAAGGUGCGGUCCAACGAUGCCCAUCCGUCCUUCUACAGGGUGAAAUUGUGUGGAAGAGAGUUCAUACGAGCUGUCAUCUUUACCUGUGGUGGUUCUCGCUGGAGGAGAAGUGUAGGAGACUCAGCUCUUAUUGGAGAAGAGGCCUUCGACCCAUGGAACACAAAUCCCAUCCCUCAACAUGGCGAGCAGGAUCCUGCAGAGUCCCACGUAUGGAUAGAUCAAACUUUAAAUGAGGCAUCUGUGGCUGCUGGAUUCAGCCGCUCAUCUCGCUCACCGAUGUCUGAGGGGUUGAUGGAAGCUCUACGCAGUGCAGAUAGGAAAGGACGGGAUGUAGUGGUCGGACUGUCCAACGCCUGCUGCAAGUGGGGCUGUAGCAAGAGUGAAAUCAGCUCUCUUUGCUGAAUCUCGCUUCUUAUAUAUAUCUUAUCCUGUCACCAAUGCAGAGCUCCACUAUUUUCCUAUGUAAUUCUGUAAUUUCUUCACACUUAGAAUUCCACAUCCAA